UAACAAUGACAUAAUUUAACAAGCAAAAUAAAACAAAAUUUUUUUGAAUUGGAGCGCAUUUUAUUUAGUUUUUAGGGUUUGAAACGAAUUUAUUAAAAUGCUUCGUAGAUAACAUCAAAUUCAUUCUGGAUUAGUUUGACACUAUCUCUUUUAUAAUGUUCAUUAUUAUAUACGUAAACAAUAAUGGUUUUUCUGUUUAGGGAAGUCAGUACAGGUAAAGAAUUAUGUCUUGGUUUCAACGAUACUUAUUUUAUUGGAAGACGGACACACGGGAAAAAUCACAUUGUUUUAGAUGAUAAAACAGUCAGUAAGGCUCAUGCAGUUUUAACAAUAAAGAGUGGAAGAGCUACAAUAGAGGACUUGGGCUCAAAAAGAGGAACUUUUGUUAAUAAAAUUAGGGUUUUGAAACCGACAGCCUUAAACGACAGAGAUAUUAUCUUAUUCGGCAUUCAAACUUGUAAAUAUUGUUUUAUAGAUCCUAAAUGGCAAACAGUGAAUAACAUUAAUAUAGUAAACCCCAGUAGUAAUUAUGUAGAAAACAUCUUAGAACUUUUAGGAGUUCCAUACAGUCAUUCAUAUAAUGAUCUCUGUACCCACUUCACUACAGAAACAAUUAAUUUUCAAUCGCUGAAAGAAAAAAUCAUUCUCAAGAUGUUGAUAGAUAGAAAAACAAUAGUAACACCGAAAUAUUGGAUAAAAUUAUUAGAACGAACAAAAUCAGCUGGGGAAUUGCCUGAUAUCAAUUCAUUUAUGCCCAAAGUAGAUAAAUUUUUAGCGUUACAAGGUAUUAAAGAAGUCACUUCAAAUCUAGCUAGAAGAUUUAUAUUGGAUGAUAUGUUGGUUAUAUGCUUUGAUGAAAAAUCCAAAAGUGAUAUUUGUGAUAUUGUUAGCAGUUGUGGAGGUGAAGUUAUAUUGUAUAGUAAGUCAGAUGAUUUUACAAAGAGAUUAAAAUCUCCUAAUAUCAACGGAUACAUUUUAAUUAAAAAUGACACAAAUAUAAAGUCCGUUAUUGAAUCGCAUCAUCUCAUGAAAUCCAUACAACAAUAUAACAAAAAUGUAUGCUCAAUAUCAAUUAAUGACAUUUAUAUAAAUAUACUUAAGGCAACUGUAGAUAAUUUUUCCUUUGUUAGAGAAAGUCUGGGUAAUACAAAUAAAGAACAAUUUAAAGAGGUUGUAAAUGAGAAUCAUUCAUCAACAUCCUCAAGUGAUGAGAUUGAUACAGAAGAAAUAUUACCAAGAGAACAGGACUUAGUAAGGGAAAAUAGUGCUAAUGUAGUUGUACACCAAAAUAUAGCACUCAGUGGACAGAAAAGAAAAUCUAAUGAGGACUCAAGGUUGGAGUUGCACCAAAAUGAAAAACAAAGAAUAAUCCAAACAACUCCUGAUAAAAAUUCGACAAAUAAAAAUAAUUCUCAGCGCAAAAUGAUGAGAAUUAAUCCUUUGGCUAUAUCUGGUAUAUCACAAAAAGAAGCUGGCAAAAACGGUGCAGAUUCUAGCAAAACUAUUACCAAAAGACCAGAGUCUGAUCUUGAAAUUUGGAGAAAAAAGUACAAAGAUUUAGAGAUAACUGAAAUAUUUUAACAAAGAGUUAUUCAAAAUGUGUUGUUUUGAUUGUUAAAAAAAGUAUACAGGCUUGUUCACCACAUACGACAUGGAGUAUUGUAGCUAAACGAUAAGAUUUUUACAAAUUGUAAGUUUUGAGUUCGUUGAAGG